UAAACACAAUUUUCACAAAUAUUGAUGAAUCAGGUUUAAAAACUUCCAAAUCAGGACCUUCUAUAUAAUCUUCAAUUAACUAUGGCAGUACAUGUGCAAACAUUGCUUUCCCUUAGAUGUAAGUGCAUGAAUUUUGAUUCAAUUUGAGGCAAGCAGAGCCUCUGCUCUAAUAGCGUUGCGGUAGAAGGAAACAAAGAAGACGGUGUGUGUGUGGAGGUGCGGGGCCGGGCUUUGUAUCACAGAUCUGGUAUUUUAAAUUUAUUUUAUAGCACAUAUUUCAGCUAGAAGAACAUGGAGAAAGAUCAGAUAUCGUACUGGGGAAAUUCAAGCGAGCAGAUUUUGGUGGAACACUUCCCGAUGCACCGAGCCUGUCGAGACGGUAACGUGUGCUCACUGAGUUCUCUCCUGGAAGCCGGUGUUUUUUCACCGUACGAAGAGGACCAGUUUUACGGCUGGACUCCCGCUCACUGGGCUGCAUACUUCGGCAAGUUGGAGUGUCUGCGACAGUUGAUAAUGUCAGGUGUGAAUAAGGACGUGACAACACAGAGGUUCUGUCAGACACCAGCUCACAUCGCUGCCUUCGGGGGUCAUCCUCACUGUCUGCUCUGGCUCCUGCAGGCUGGGGCCAACAUCAAUGCCCAGGAUUACUUGGGUGAAAUGCCUAUUCACAAAGCAGCAAGAACUGGAAGUACAGAGUGCACUGGUCUACUACUGGCACAUGGUGCAAAACCAAGUGUAUGUAACAACAACGGCAUGAGCCCAGCUGACUUGGCGAGGAAUCAGGGGUUCCAGGAGUGUGCACAGGUCCUGCUGCAGACCCAGGACCAACACACCAGCUGUCAGCACAACAACACCAACGGUCUCACUCUCAACAGGCUCAGCAGGAAACGUGGGCUGGACCCCGAAUCUCAUGUGGAAGGAAGCAAGCGAACCAGGAAUGAUGACUCGUCAUGGUUGAUGGUUGGAGGACGUGGCCAGGAGAUGUCCAUGGAGACUGCCAUGGAAGAGAUGGGAAGUACAGAUGAACACCACGAGUCUAUCUAUGUACAACAGGGCUAUGACAGCGCUAUGUAUGAGGCAAUGUUACAGUUUCAUGGCACAUAGAAUAGUUGAUUUCAUACACUAAAGUCUUGUGUACACUACCGGUAAAACUCAAUUACUCAAAGAUACAUCGGUUUACAUGUAUCCUUAGUACAUGUUUGUAACUAUGUUGUAUUGUGAAGAACCUAACAUGAAGCAUAUUCAUUCUUGUAACAGGAGAAAAGUAUUGUGCAUUUGUCAUUUUGUACUGUUGAUUGUUGAAAGAACAUUGUAUUUUCUUUAGUAGAGGACUUUUAUAUAGUAUCUAUUUUCCUAUUGUGCUAUUUUAUACUCAAUGAUGGUUAUCCCUUUUUUUUUUGUUAGUAUGUGUACCACUGGGCUGGUACUGGAUAUGUAGAGUUCUUUCUUACGGCAAUAUUCCACAUUAUUUUAAAUAGAAAGGUAUCAUUUUCUUUAUAUGUGUAUGUUAGAGCUUGUAAUUAUUACACGAAUUAUAAUUAUCAUUUUAGGCAAGUAGACCAUGCCGUCUAAGACCAGUCUCCCUGUAUUUCUGUCAUUGAUUUUGGCUUGUGAAAACUAUGGAUAAACAUUCAAAUUGGCAAAUGGUGUCAAUUGUAGUUGAAUGUAUUUACAUUUUUGCACCCUGAUGUCAAGUCAGGAUACUGGGGUAGUUCCAUAUCAAAACCAACAGUUCAGACCAAAAGUUGGAGCCAAAAUCGGGGCCCUUUGUUUAUAAAAGAAUGUACAAUGUAUAUCAUAAAGGUGUGACUAAGUUAGAAAAGUUUCACUCACUCACUACUAGGGGCAGGCAGUAUGUCCAGAAAAGUUCUACACUUUCUCCACUCCAGCAAUUAUCAAAAGUUAAUAGUUUACAGAACUAUAAUUGCUUGUAGCCGGUUGGAUGAGCAUCAUGUCAUACACUCCACUCAAACACUCAACCAAGAAUAAUGCUAUAUAUAUAUUUGGCUGCAUUUAUAAUUGUAUAAUGAUGAGAAAACAACUGGUCAUAUUUAUAUGUGGGAAAAUAAUCUUUAUUUUUCCCAGUAAUACCAUCUAAGGCACAUGACAUGUGAUCUAGAAAACAACACAGCCUUUCCAAACAUGAAUAGACACCCAUAAAAAGCAUACAAAUAUUCUCAUUUCAUUUGUACAAUGGUAGAUCUACAAAACCAGGAUAAAAAUUUCAAAGGUUAUAGAUAAGGAAGAUGUUGUAACGUGUCAUUGUGCUUCCUCUCCUGUCACAGAAGCCAAACAGAACCUGGCACACACAUCAUCUGUCCAAGCAAAAGAUUUUUAAACUUCAGUUAAAAAAACACAGGUCUCCAUUAUACCGUAUGUUUGACAGACAUGACUGAAUCCUCAAAAAGAUAUUAGUUUAACACUAUCUUAACACUUGGAUUUCAACCCCUUGCUUACCUGUUAGGGUUCAGAAUAGCCAAGACUGAUCGAAAAUGACAACCUUAUAAAUAAGUUGUAAUACAGAAACUGACUUGCUAACCAUAACUUUGCCAUGAUCCAAAAUUCUGAGAAGAGGACAGAUUUAACCCUGAUUUCCAGGCUAUACUAAAAUUGCACUUUCUAUACAUCACACUACAUAGAAUCUACCAAGAACAAAUUGAAUCUACAUUUAAUGUCUGGUCCAACGUAAGAGCAAGAAGAAAAUGGAGCACCACCUUAUGACAAAACCAACAGAGUUUGGAGACCUUCUACCUCAUGAUAUUUAGAUCUUAUGUAAAUGUCAUUUUAUCUGUUCUCAUUAUGCAAAUACAGUUGUAAUCAGCACCUCCAUUUCCUCGAUCCAAAUUACAUACAAUAUUUUGCAUUUGUAAAAGCUAACCUAACCAGAAUUCCAAUUUAAUCUUUCAUCAAUUAUAUCUAAGGGAUCAUGUGAUGCUCACCUUUGACUAACUUACAAAUGUCAUAAAUAGGAAAUUCCCAUUGUGUAAACAUUUUUGCAUUGAUUAAGCAAAUGUCUAACAGAAACGUCCUCAGUAUUUAACUUCUCGGCGCCCAAAACCAACACCUGAAGUCUGUAGCAUGUCCAGGACAAAAGGUAACAACAUUGGUAUAAGUCAGAAUAUUUCCUUAUUAAUUGUGCAAAAUUCCUCUUCCCUUUAUUUGCAUUUCAUUGUGUACUUGAGAAAUGAAAAAAAAAACAUCACUCAGCUUCUUUUUUAGAGAUUUUAACAAAAAUGCUCAAUGCAGUUCCUGAACAAGCUUCUGGGGGGCCUUCCUAACACUUUGUACAGGCCUAAAGAAAAUUAAAAGCUACUCAUGCAAGAAAUUUGAAACAUUAAAUUUUAUACGAAGUCCCAUGGUGGAAAGUAAGAUAAAUGUUCCAUUUGGCACCACAUUCUAUACUUCCAGUUUCCCACUGGAAAUUGUCACAUUAAAAGGCUCCAUGUACAUCACCAACCUUCUGUUAACACAGACUUUUAUAUAUAUCAAAAUUGACAUAUCUUUUGCUUGGUUUGAUCAGGCAUUGUUGGUACCACAUAUCUUUUCAUUACUCCUGCAAGGGUGCAGAUCCAAUUACAGCAUCCUAUUUGGACCAUACAUAAUGUUAUGUAUAUACAGUACAAGUUUUGGAAUACAACAUAAGAGUGAAGUGUGGUAUAACAGAGGAAUGUUCUGUUCAAUUUAAUUACAUGUACCUUCCUAAAAGUAAAAACGAACACAUUCACAGACAUGUCAUUACAUUCAUGCUACAUACUCAGAUUUGCUUCAAUGUUACAAAAUGUAAUAAUAUUGUACUGGUAGAUGUUGAUACGCAUAGAAGUUUCACAUUAAAGCAGCUUCUCUAAAUUCUCCUGAAAUAUGUAUGCUGUAGGUUUCUAUUCUACAAACAAAAUCAUGAUCUCAUUAGUUUUCUGGCUACUUUGAAACCUGAUCGAUCACAAGUACACCAAACAAAUACAAAUACACAUGGCACUGGUCUGAUAUCACACUUCCUUCUUAAGAAUGAUUGUCUCUUGAUUCCUUCAUAUUAAGGUCAUAGAACUUCACU